AUGGCCAUUUUGGAGACACCUGGCAAGAUGUACGCCCUCGCGGCAGUAUUGUCAGUCCUGGCCAUUGUAGCUGCUAUCUUGCGCUUCUAUGCCAGACGCCUCUUAAAGAGUGUCAGGAUAGAGAUGGAUGAUUAUAUGAUAGUACUAGCGCUGGUUUGUCACAUUUUCACGCUCGGUACAGGACUUUGCAUGUUCAUUGGAGCCGCAUUUGGAGAUCUAGGAAGGCAUACAAGGAUAGACGCACAGGGCAUGCCUAUAUUCACCCGACGCACUCAGAUCUUCCAGCAGAUUGCCUAUGCUUCGCAAUUGACGCAGACGUUGACCUUCGGCUUCACAAAAUUAGCUGUGCUUUUCUUCUACAGGCGGAUCUUCACCAAUGGUCGCGUGCUAUACGCAAUUCGAACUAUGUUUGUUCUCGUCACUGUCUGGACUGUAGCUUUCUUCUUUACCAACCUACUCCAAUGUUUUCCAAUCUCAGUCAACUGGACUGGUUGGGGAGCAGCUGUGGACUCUUGUAUCAAUACCAAUGAGAUGUUCCUGGCGCAGGCGUGGUCCGAUGUGAUCACUGAUGGUAACCGUCCAACUGCUGCUAGAGCCAGGCAGAAUUCUAACAAGCUCAACAGUAAUGAUUCUCUGCUUACCUAUUCCAUGCGUACGCUCAUCCCGGUCCUCCCUUCUUCUAAUCGCUAA